AUGGCUAGCCAGCAUGUGAUUAUCUUGACCAGCUCAAAGGCGGCCCAUGAUAUCCUAGCUAAGCAGGGUGCCACCUUUUCGGAUCGACCGCACUUCGUUGAUCUCGCGUCGAAGCAGCUGCUGUUCGAUCUACUGGAAAACGCGGACCGCCCCGUUGAUUGUCACGGACACAUGGUACGCAUAACCGCCAGCAUCAUAUACUCGCUAUUCUACGGCCAUCGUGUUCGAACCGCGCUCGACGCCAGUACCGAAACCAUGAUGUGGUUCGUGGUGGCCUGCAUCGCCGAGGGUCACCGUGGCUGGGUGUCCAAGGCCCAGAAGUAUCUAGAUAACGUGGUGGGACACAGACGGUUGCCUGGAAUUGAGGAUUGGCCGGGAUUGCCUUACAUUGAAGCUAUCGUGGAGGAGCUACUGCAGUGGAGGCCUGCUGGUGCUGCAGGCGUGCCGCACUUUCACCAUGGUCGAGACCAGCUACGAGGGUUUUCGCAUCCCGGCCAACUCGGUCGUCAUCGCGAACCACUGGUCCGUCACACGGGAAGAAGGCGUGUUCGGGCCUGA